AAACAGAGCACGUUCUCUGAGGAAAAAAGUAUCGAAAAUCUGAAAUCGCCUAGAUGUUUACUUAUUUCUCGUCGUACCACGUAGUCCAUUUUCACUGAAAAUUUCAACAUGAUGCAGCACAGGUGGGUCUUCGUGCUAACCAUUUGCUCGUCAGUUUUUCGCUUUGCUGACUCCGCUAUCGGACAAGAAGGUGUUACGAAUGCGGACGAGGCAAAGGUGGUCGGGCGAGCGGAAGCGACCAUAUCCGCAGCAAGCAGCUCAGCAUCUGCUCUACUUAGCGAAGAAAAGGACCUCGACAUCGAGCAAAGCUCACGAGUAACAAGCACAUCACUGGAGUCAAUUAUACCUCGAGAUAAGACUACGGAUGAAGCUCCUGAAGAACAAGAUGGAACUACGAGCAAGACGACCAGCAAUGUCGUAAGUCUAAGAGAACCCGUUCUCACCUUCUUACGAUCGUUAGCAACACCUGACAGUUCACUACCAUGGGUCGCGAAGCUGUGGCAUGGUGGAGAAAGCCACUAUCCAACUCUCGAAGAAGGGACCGCCAUACUGGACGAAUGGUUGCUGGCGUAUUCAAACUGCUUUCACUUAUGGAGAAGACUCAGAGUAGUACUAGUAGAUUGGGAAUGUCGUCGAAAUUUUUUCAGGAAGAUUCAGAUCAUUGUUCAACAGCUUAUUUCUUGUACUUCUGAACUACACCUGCUAGAGGAUCAUCCACCAGGAAGUGGCCAAAAAAAUGAUAACAAAACGAGGUUGUUGAAUAUGAUCAUGCUCGAUGCAAGAUCAUGAAAGGCAAUUCUGCUGGUCAUCGCCUCUAUCUCUAAGACCCAAAGAAAAGGUCGGCACUUCUCUACAAGGUCGCGAGAUAAAUGCAUACAUUGUAGGCUGUAAAUACGUCGCUCCGAUUAAAAAGGACAGGAGACUACGUGUAAAUGAGGAAUCCAAUGAACCCGAAGAUCUACUCCAGAUUUUAGAAUUGGAAACCGAGGAGGAAGAUGAUUCGGAAGCCUCUACUAGAGUCGAGGCAGGUCAAAGCUUAGCAGGUGGUCACACUACAAACGCAUACGCAGCUGCUGGAAAGGAACUAGAAGUAGUACUUCCAUCAAAUGUUGAACUACCAGCUGCAUCUACUGUUUCUCAAGACCUCUCUCCGGAAGAACCACGCCAGCUUGACGACCAGGAGGAAGCUGUUUCUCAAGAUCUCCCGCCAGGUCAACCACGCCAGCUUGACGACCAGGAAGUGCCAAAGUUUUUGCUGACAGGGCUGACGCAUAGUCGCGAACCAGCGGGGUUAGUUGUGGUCCUUUACUUCGUCGGGCAAUUGCUGUCGAGACAAGGCCAAGACCCUGACUCGGAUUUCAUACUGAAUGAAAGACUCAUCUACGCCAUACCAUACGUCAACCCCGAUGGGUAAGUCCAUAGUCUACAGCAAUGUGUUUUUUUCUCAAUAUUGAUAUUCCGUUCCACUCUCGUCGACAUCUUCUCUACCGCUACGAUAGAACAAUAAGCUCAAAAGGAGGAGCGCAUUUUAUUUCCAUCUCCUCCAGUUCCAUCUCCUCCAUUUCCAGUUUGAUGUGCACUUAGACUUAAUACACCUCCUAUACCUAUUUUUCGACCCCCGCUCCACCAGGUACGUCUUCAAUUUCCACAGUCGCACCAAGAUGAAGCGCAAAAAUAUGCGGGCAACGUGUCAGCAUCGACCUGAGGAUGGAGGCGUAGAUUUGAACAGGAAUUUUCCCACUCACUGGAAACCAAUACGGAAUAAGUGCUCAGAAGAAUACGGUGGAACGGAACCGUUUUCAGAACCCGAAACCCAGGCAUUAAGAGAUCUGAUUGGGCGAAUCAAGUUCUCAGUAGCGAGUAACAUUCACGGCUAUGGGUCCAUGCUCACACAUCCCUACAACUACAAGCGAACGAACACAUUGCCGCAAGACGACAAGCUGAUAUACACAGAGAUUAUUACGGCAACAUUGCGACGUCUUUCUCUGUCAACUACUACUUCAAUUACAACAUGCUUUUCGCCCGUCAUCUUCUUCUUCUUCUUGUUCAGUUCUCAGUGUACUGCCAUGUGAAAAGGCUCGGAUCGAUGAAGAUGGCACAGCCGCUCUAUAUAAACUACCACUCCUUCCACCAUUUCUUCCAUACCAUCUCUUCCUCUUUUCAUACUCCACCGCAUCUUCAAGUAUGCCAAGUUUGGUACUGCACAGCAAACGGUGGGCUACACAGCUUUUGGGGAGUCUGACGAUUGGAUGUAUGAUCAGGGCAUCAUAGCCAUGUCUCCGGAAGUUGGCCACGAGGAAGAUGGCUUCUGGCCUCGACAGGGGAAGAUUAUGUUAUGGCAGAGGAGGCUUUUUUGAUUGCUCCUUAAGAUGCCGUUGCUUCUCGUUGCAGUUUUAAUGUAGAUGUCGAUCAUGAACUAGUUGUCAAAGUUCUUGCUCCCGUUUCAUGAUCAUGCUUGUGCUGGAGCUGGACGUCAUCCUCUAAUCCUAGGUAUAGCAGAGCGAAACUACAUUCGCAUGCGCUACCUCGCUCUCAAAACAGGUUGCGAGAUCGAACUGGAUUACUCCACCGACGGCGUUUUGCGCAUUCACAAUAGAGGCUUGGCGCCAUGCUUUUCGCCCACAGUAGCAUUCAGUAUCGAAAACCACCGAGGCGGAGCUGGAGGGACUUUGUCGAACUCUGGUGGUGGUGGUGCAAGUACGAGUAGUAGUGAAAAAGCCAAAUUGGAUGACAUUUUCAAUACGAUGGAGAAGGCUAAUGCAGCAGUGACAGGAAUAAGUGCAGCAGAAGCAGCAACGAGCGGUGCACUGUUUUUAAGACCAUGGAUAUCGUAAUUGCGUUUGCGACCAAAAGGUCUGAGUCUUCAUACUUUUUAGUUGCCACGAAUAGCAAUUUUUUUAUCUUCUAAUUUUCAUUGGCCCAGGCAACGAGAAUGUGGUUCGUGACAGCUUUACCGGGGGAAAGACGGUCAUUUUUACCUUGAAGGGAGAAAUUGCACGACGCAAGUCUGUUGACGUCCGUCUUAUGGCCCCACUGCCAAAAGUGAGUCCGGCGCUUGUGGUUUCAUGGUACGUCUCUUUCCAUGUGAUUAGCCUAAGCCUCUUGUCGUUGUGCUUGUGCUUUCUACAGUAGCUAGAACACCAUGUGCAUCCUUUUCAACAGCUACAAGCACUUUAUCUCUUCCUACUGAAGAUGAUAUCAAUCUUCGUGAUCUCCAGGUGUUCCCUCAGCAGCCGCAGUCUAGUGGAGAUGUGUCAGUGUCGACAGAAUGAAGUUGUACCUAGCAAGCUCAAGGAAUCAAGUUUCGAAAGCCCAAAAAAACACAACCUCUGCAACGCGGCAGGCAUCAAGAGGAAGCAGACCAUCAUGGCCGAAUUGCAGCAGUCGACAGCCUUCGCCAAAGUUGGUGCGGUUCAACCACUCCAGUGGACGAAGGAUUUGCUGGCCAGCAAGAAUGAUGCGAAAAUAAUAGGCUCAACAGCACCACCAGCACCUCCGACAACUACGACUCUGACUAGCAGUCCUUCGACACAAGAGACGAAGAAGAGUGGUCCACCCACAUCCCCAACAUCCAAUACGGGCGUCCUUCCAGGACAUCAAAAUAAGCAUGGCGGCUACUUCAUCACAAUAGGCCAUAGGAAAUUGCCGGGGGAUCUGGUGCAGACAGUGGGACUAUUGUCUCUGUUGGCGUUGAUUCUAGUGAUUUGCAAUAUCCAGAUGAUGUUCCGAAGAUAUUUCGCCAGCAGACGAGAUGGUGCGCGACAAUUUUCCGGAGUGGAGAACGACGACGGAGGCGGAUUCGAUGGGGGUUUAUCUGGUAUGGAAUGGAGGCAGUACUAUGUAUAUUGCUUAAUGAUAGUGUGAAGAAUCGCAAGUAGUCACUAUUUCACUUUCACAGCAUCAGUAUAAUUGUUCACAAAUAUUGUUCGCUUGAGAUUUUUUUACCCCCACCUAAAUUCUCUUAUAUUCACCAUCAUCAUCUUCAUCAUCAUCAUCAUCAUCAUCAUCAUCAUCAUCAUCAUGUUUGACCUUGACUUGUUUGAUCCUGCAUUAAUAUUCGCAACGCUGCGACGAUAAGGGGAGGUAGAACGCCUGUUGCUGUUGGAGUGCCUGCAUUAAGCGGUGGCGAUUCCAGUGGUGCAGAGGGGUAUGUUGACCUGGGAGGUGGUGGAAUCAAAAUGGGAAGAAGUGGCGGUCGUGGUCAGGUCGUUGAUGACGAUACCUUCGCUAUUGAAGAUGAACCUGACACGACUGUUGUUGGUGUUGUGGUCAAGAAAUGAUCUCGUUUGAUUUGCGCAAGAAUCUUCAGCAUGAUGAACAUAACACUUACUAUGAAUGAAGACCAUGUUCUUCCAUACUAGUUGCACCUUUCUUUUUUUGAGUCAUGUCGCGCAAGUUAGGAACUACUUACUUUCCUUGAUGCUUUCUGAUGACAAUGUGCAGCGCUGAAAAACAAGACCCAAAAGUGUUGAAAAGAUUGCAGACAAAUCCUGUUCGUGCGCUCGAGAAGAU